AUGGUAACCCUCCGCGCUCCAUCGUCUCUGCCGUCCACCGAACCCUCCCCCUCGCUCGCACCACCCGCCCUGUCAUGGCUUUCAGGCUCCUGGAAUGUAACCCACUCCACGCUGCCCAUGUGGAAGAAAUCGCGCAACGUGCGCAUCACAUACACUGCCAUUCCCUCCACACAGCCCGCUCAGAUCGACGACGUAGUCACGUACCAAUCUCUGGGCGCCGAGAAGAUCAAGACUGUGCAUGGUGUUGACAAGCCGUUUGAUGUACCAAAUACAGCCUCAGCGUCAGGUACAGAGGGCGGAGAAGUGGCGAGUCUCGGCUACAACUGGCGUGGCAAGGGGUGGUUGGUGAUUGCGACGAGCAAAUGGGAGAUACUAGGCUAUGGCGACGAGGAGGGCACUGACAACAGUUGGGUCGUGACGUACUUUGCAAAGACGUUGUUUACCCCUGCGGGUGUAGACUUCUACUCGCGGAAAGGCAACUUGACGUCGCAGACGAUUGAAAGUAUCAAGGCCGGACUUGCGGAGCUUGGUGGUGAUGUCGCAAAGCUGGCUGGCGAAGUGUUCGAGGUCCAGACGGAUGGGGACAGGAAAGAUUGA